AAUGAAAACGUGAACGUGGCAUGAGCUAGGAUAGCCAGCGGACCAAGAAGGACCAACCGUAUCCACCAGUUGGUGCUAACCGACAUGAUGGAUUUUCAGCAAUCGAUCCCUCACGGAACCACCAACGGUACCAACGUGGACUCCCGUGAGACACUGUACGCGGUUCUGUCGAGCCAUGUUCAAGCCCUUGCCAACCAGACGGGUGCGGCGGUGGAGAACGUCGGCUUUCUGGCCGGCUUGGCACAGCAGAAGCAGUACCUUUACGUGAACGCCACCGUCAGCGAGUCAGCGGUCGCCGAAACGGGCGACGAGUACGAGAAGAUCCCGACCUGCAUCCUGCUGCCGAUAACCAUCUUCUACUGCUUCAUCUUCGUUGCCGGGAUCGUCGGUAAUUUGUCGAUUUGCAUCGUGAUUGCCAAGAACAAGUCCAUGCACACCGCCACCAACUACUAUCUGUUCAAUCUGGCCGUGUCGGAUUUUAUGCUCCUGCUGUUCGGAAUGCCGCAGGAGUUGUACGGCACGUGGAACCCACUGGCGUACCCGUUCAAUCAGGUGGCCUGCAUCAUCACCGGCUUGAUGUCGGAAACGGCUGCCAAUGCAACGGUCCUCACAAUUACGACGUUCACCGUCGAACGUUACAUCGCAAUCUGUCACCCGUUCCGAUCACACACCAUGUCCAAGCUGUCCCGGGCCGUACGGUUUGUCAUUGUGAUAUGGCUGGUGGCGUUCGGACUUGCGACGCCGCAAGCGCUACAGUUCGGCAUCGUGGAGUCACCCGGCAGUCGCCUCUGCACGAUCAAAAACCGGCAUUUCAAUCACGCAUUCGAGGUGUCUGGCGCUCUGUUCUUCGUCGGUCCGAUGACACUGAUAGCGGUGCUGUACGUGCUGAUUGGAAUUAAGCUUCGGAAAAGUAAACUGUUGCAGGGCGUUAAGCGUGCAUCGACCGACUAUGCGGCCCGGUCCCGGGGUGUGAGUGCACAAACCAGGGUCAUCCGAAUGUUGGUGGCCGUCGUGGCAAUGUUCUUCAUCUGCUGGGCACCGUUUCAUGCGCAGCGCCUGAUGGCCGUGUACAGUGCGAACACGGAUAGCAUAUACUUCUACAAGAUCUACACGAUACUGAACUUCAUCUCCGGGAUACUGUACUUCCUGUCAACCUGCAUCAAUCCCCUGCUGUACAACAUCAUGAGUCACAAGUUUCGGGACGCUUCGAGGCACACAUUGAAGGUGACUUGUUGUGGUGGCAGUCGCCGGUUCGAUGGUCACCACCAUACGUACAGUGCUGUCUCACGCUACGGUGUAACCGGUGCCGGUUCGUUUAAGUUCAACUCAAACAACAUGACUUGCAUCGGUGCAGGUAUUAACAUGGGCGCGGCCACCACAGUUGGGCAAGGUGGAAUGGCGGCUGCGACACCAUCUAUUGCUCCGACAGAACAGCAUAGCGAUCUGUGCCACCAGGAGUCGGAUAUGUCGCUACUAUCGAACGACCAGCGACACCGUGGAACACCGGGACGCUUUGUACGGAGCAAUAUGCACUGCGUGUCGAUCACUAGUAGCCAAUCGACAACCGGGACGAACGUUAGCAGCAAUGGCAAGAUAAAUCGCUCGAACGGCUCCCUCAGACAAGACUGUCGAUCAAUACCGCUCCCCACUGGCACCAGCACCGGCGUCAGCGAUGGUGAGACGACGGGCCGCCUCUCGACGAUCGCGGAAAAGCUACGCCGCGGUACGAAGAAGGUGCUAGCAUUCAGCAAAUCACCCGUGAGCACACCCUGCAAAUCACCGAGCGCAAGCGUGGCGAAUGAGCGGCGGAAAGAGUAUCGAAAGCGUCACAGCUGCGACAGUGUCGACACGAACACGAUCAGCAACUCUAGCCUGAAAGAGUUCGAUGAGGACGAGUUUUCCAGUGCGGAGCUGGCACGCUUUAUGGCCGAGGUAAACAGUGAGAUACGCUAGGACAGCCAAACGUUACGUCGGGAACAUCCAGGAGAAACAGAAUCGCAGUACAAACCAAUCCGACGGCCGUUGUGACAACGUAGCGCAUACCAGCGAAAGGAGCAGUACGGAGGAGCAGU